AUGGUAACUCCCCAACCACCCAGUCGGCCUACCUACGCCACCCCCCUCCCCAACCACCCAGUCGGCCUACCUACGCCACCCCCUCCCCAACCACCCAGUCGGCCUACCUACGCCACCCCCUCCCCAACCACCCAGUCGGCCUACCUCCCCACGCCACCCCCUCCCCAACCACCCAGUCGGCCUACCUACGCCACCCCCUCCCCAACCACCCAGUCGGCCUACCUACGCCACCCCCUCCCCAACCACCCAGUCGGCCUACCUACGCCACCCCUCCCCAACCACCCAGUCGGCCUACCUACGCCACCCCCUCCCCAACCACCCAGUCGGCCUACCUACGCCACCCCCUCCCCAACCACCCAGUCGGCCUACCUACGCCACCCCCUCCCCAACCACCCAGUCGGCCUACCUCCCCACGCCACCCCCUCCCCAACCACCCAGUCGGCCUACCUACGCCACCCCCUCCCCAACCACCCAGUCGGCCUACCUACGCCACCUUCCCUCCCCAACCACCCAGUCGGCCUACCUACGCCACCCCCCCCCAACCACCCAGUCCCCAACCACCCAGUCGGCCUACCUACGCCACCCCCUCCCCAACCACCCAGUCGGCCUACCUACGCCACCCCCUCCCCAACCACCCAGUCGGCCUACCUACGCCACCCCCUCCCCAACCACCCAGUCGGCCUACCUACGCCACCCCCCCAACCACCCAGUCCCCAACCACCCAGUCGGCCUACCUACGCCACCCCCUCCCCAACCACCCAGUCGGCCUACCUACGCCACCCCCCCCAACCACCCAGUCCCCAACCACCCAGUCGGCCUACCUACGCCACCCCCUCCCCAACCACCCAGUCGGCCUACCUACGCCACCCCCUCCCCAACCACCCAGUCGGCCUACCUACGCCACCCCCUCCCCAACCACCCAGUCGGCCUACCUACGCCACCUCCUCCCCAACCACCCAGUCGGCCUACCUACGCCACCCCCUCCCCAACCACCCAGUCGGCCUCCCCACCACCCAGUCGGCCUACGCCACCCCCUCCCCAACCACCCAGUCGGCCUACCUACCCACCCCCAGUGGCCUCCCCACGCCACCCCCUCCCCAACCACCCAGUCGGCCUACCUCCCCAACGCCACCCCCUCCCCAACCACCCAGUCGGCCUACCUACGCCACCCCCUCCCCAACCACCCAGUCGGCCUACCUACGCCACCCUCCCCAACCACCGAGUCGGCCUACCUACGCCACCCCCAGUCCCCAACCACCGAGUCGGCCUACCUACGCCACCCCCUCCCCAACCACCCAGUCGGCCUACCUACGCCACCCCCUCCCCAACCACCCAGUCGGCCUACCUACGCCACCCCCUCCCCAACCACCGAGUCGGCCUACCUACGCCACCCCCUCCCCAACCACCGAGUCGGCCUACCUACGCCACCCCCCUCCCCAACCACCGCUCUCUCCUUUUGACCCCACGCCUGCCCUUGACCUGAGACAGGACCCCACGCCUGCCCUUGACCUGAGACAGGACCCCACGCCUGCCCUUGACCUGAGACAGGACCCCACGCCUGCCCUUCACCUGAGACAGGACCCCACGCCUGCCCUUCACCUGAGACAGGACCCCACGCCUGCCCUUCACCUGAGACAGGACCCCCCCCACGCCUGCCCUUCACCUGAGACAGGACCCCCCGCCUGCCCUUCACCUGAGACAGGACCCCCCCCACGCCUGCCCUUCACCUGA